CAAUGCUUCGCUAGCGAUCCCGCGAUCAUCACGUACGCACGAUUCGCUGGAAAUCAGCCGAGUGUGUGGGGGUGGUACUCAACCCUCUCUCGAGUCUCGAGUGCAAUUUUCGCGUUCUAUCGAGCGUGCUGCUGCUGCUGCUGCUGCAUUGUUUGUUCAUGUUCAUGUUCAGCACCGGACAAGGCCGGCACCGGACGGAUCGUAGAACUCCCGGGUGGCGCUGGAGCUCUCUAGGCCCCAGCAGGGCCCGUUUUUGGUUUGGUUCAUUGGGAUAGGUUUAACGUUCGGUUUUCUUGUCUCUUCGCUCUCGUCUCGUCGUCAACGUCGCCACGGCGCACGGCGCGGCACACGUGAAAGUAGGCCGCCAACGCCAUCGCCGCGGUCCCCUGAGUGCGCGCGACCGCGCUUGCGACUUAUUUAUCUCUCUGUCUCCCGUGUAAAACCCGUGUGAAAGUGUGUGGUGCGUUGUAGCAACGUAUGUGUGUCUCUCUGUGCGUGGUGUAGGGCAGCAGUGUAUGUAUGUCAAGCACAGUACAUGCCAAUUGGGUUGCGUUACUGUGUCCAGCAGCAACAACAGCAGCAGCUGAGCAAACACAUAGGCCAAACUCAUUCGCUUAUCGCAGUAACCCAUUGUGUUUGUGUCUAGUGUCACUAGUCGGGGGAAGAGCGCAUUGUUUGGCCUCGUGGAUUCCAUUCAGCUGCCUUUGGAACACACCGGAAUCAAUCCACAUAGAAUAUUCGCAAAUGUCGUGAUUGUGAAACGCGCAUGGAUAUGCGUUGUAGAAAAUCUGUUCGCUUCUAGAUCCGUUCGUUCUGUUCUGUUUGCAUCGUUGGUUGCUUAGUCAUCUGACCUGCUGUUGUGUGGUGUGCUGACAUUGGCAUUGGGAUUUUGUUGUUGUUGCCGGGGGCUCCGGUGAUGCGAGAGCGAGAUCCACCAACGAUCAUCGUCGUGUUCGUGUUCGUGUCGCGUUGAAUGACGAAUCAACGAGAUAAAGCGCAAAUUGGCAAGCGUGUGACGACGGAGUGUUUUUUAUAUUCCCCCCCGCAGGCAGGACAUCGUGCCUUGUGUGAAAAUUCCUAGUGUUUUUAGUUAAUCCAGCAAAGUCAGUGAUUCAUCCUGAAUUCGUCGCCGCACGCAAGGCAACAAUCGUGUGUGAAUGAGUGAAUAUGUGAGUCAAGCAGGCACACAGGAGGCUGUGAGUGCGAGUUGGCAUUGCUUCCUCGAAACAACGAGAAGAAAGUGACGACACCAGAGAACGAGAGAGAUAGACAAACAAGUUAAGAACCCCAGUGCAGUAGUAGGCCCGGCAAAGAGGAUGCUGGGUUUCAGCAAGAAACCGGGACCCCCGGUACCACCACGCCCCAGUGCGGCAACCGUUGCAUCGGCACUGGCAAGGCAGCGUGAAAAUUCCCCCUCACCAACCGGUGCAACGGGCGGCCAAUCGGUGGUAAACCGUGGAAUGGCAACACUUAAACCACCACAUCCGGGUCGUACCGUCAUCUACAAGUCACCGGGCUUCGAUCAAUCGCCCGCCAGUUCACCGGUUGCCGCUUCAAGACGGGAAUUGCGCCACGAACUGGCCGAAGGGCACGGGCUAAGCCCACAGCCAAGGCCAAAACCCCUGGAACGUGCUAAUGGCGGUAAUGUGAUGUACCGCUCGACGUGCAGUAUCGUCGAGAUCAACAGCUCCAGUUCGGUGUCCAGUUCGGCUUCGUCAUCACCGGUGGCCACCUUGCAGAAGGGCCACGAUGGACAACACAGGCAGCAGCAGCAGCAGCAGCACGUUCAUCGUCCACUCGAACCACCGGUAGUGCCGAUAGCUCGCCGGCGUAUCCGUUCCGGCGAACCCGAUGAUCAGUCAGUGUCGGAAGUGAUCAUCAUCAACAGUGGUGGCGGCCAGCGGAAGGAAAGGAAGGAUUCGACCGGUGGCGAGUGUGACAGUGGGACGGAACGGGGCGAUAGCUCCGGUUCAUCGGCCAGCGCCGGCAGUACGCUGGAGCGCGAAAACAAUCUGCGAAAUCUCGAGAGCGCCGCGAAGAGUAGCCAUUUCACCGAGAUCAUCAUCGGAUCGAAUCAGAGCAGUACGGUGGUGCGGAGUGGCAGCAAACCCAACAUUGCACCGAGAACGGAGGGUGUCGGUAUCGGAGGUAGUGGUGGUGGUGAGGUUGGCAACACUGUGAUACGAUCGAGCUCGGUACGGCUCGCGGUCGGUACGCCGACGACGGCUCCAUCAUACCGUCGCCCAGAACCGGAAGGUGGUGAGCACGUACAGCCCUCCUCCGACGUCAGCCGUUCCGGGCUAGCAGCGCCACAGUCCAAAGUGAUGACGAAACCACCGCUGGGGGCAUUGGAUCCGGCCACACUCGAUUCAAAGCUGAGCGAACAGAAGCUUGCCUUCCACGAGCUGCUCAUCUCUGAGCUGACCGCGAUGAGGGAGAAGCAUCAGCAACAACAGCAACAACAACAACAACAACAACAACAGUCACAUCUGGAUUCCGUCUCGCCAAUCGAACGAAAGAUACCCGAAACGGUGGAACCAGAGUAUCCCCUCAUUCCGACCACCGUCGUCACUGGCAGCAACUUCGGCGGUCAUGAUAGUCCGGUCGAUCUGGAGAAGGUUAACCGGCGCCAACGGUGCCCCUCGGAGCGGCGAUCAUCGGGCAGCGAAACGGAAGCGACGAGCCCGAACGGAACGGCGAUCCGUUUGCCAAAAAUCCGCACCUCGGACUGGAUCGAGGUGGGCGACAAUGGCAAGCAGGUGGUGCUGUCGAGCUGUCAGAUCAGUCUGGAGGAUUCCGGGCUCGAGGACGAGGAAAAGCUGGACGAUGCAUCGUCCGGCGUUGGCGACUCGUGGGACAGCGUGAAGGAAGAUGUAGAAUCACGCAUCAAAAUGUCACUCCCCGGGUUGCCACCGUUGCCGAAGAGUCUGAGCGGUUUUGAUCUCGCCGGCGGUGUCCAGUUCCAGUCCAGUCACCAUCACCACCACCAGCAGCAGCAACAGCAGUCCCAGCAGCAACAACAGCAGCAGCAGCAUUCCCAUCACUAUCCGCACCAUUCACUGCAGCAGCACCAUCAGCAACAAUCGGUGCCAGCGCAUCAGGUGCAGCAGCACCUUGGACUGUCCUCACACUCGUCCAACCACCUACCGUCCUCCCAGUCACCGGUGACACUAAACCAUCACCACACGAACCCGUUCAUCCCGAUCGGUUCCUCGACGUUACUGCACGGUAGCAGCAUCGCGUCCCUCGACAGUCAACAGCGUGGCCACUCACCCGUCAGCGCACAGCUGUCGUCUGGUAGUGCUGGUGGUGGUGGUGGACGCCGAUCCUCACCACAACCGGCGGCAAACGCGGUGGCACCACCAACGACGACCUUGGACACCCAGCUGGCUAUCCUGCGACGAGAAAUGUAUGGUCUCCGUCAGCUGGAUCUGUCGCUGCUGUCGCAACUGUGGGCCCUCAACGAAUCCAUCCAGGAGUUCCGCACGAUACUGCAGGAACAGGAAACGCUUUCGCCACCCUCACCGACACCCUCCAACUCGGACGCCAACUCCGUCUCGUCCGAUGACGACGUGGAUGAGGACGAAUCGUCAGCGACCACCACUAGCAACCAACAACAGCUGCAGCACCACCACCAGCAACAGCAGCAGCAGCAGCAACUGCAUCAACAGCAACAGCAUCGUCUUCUGUCCUCAGUCCAUCAUACGCCACCAACGCUCCAGUCAUCCACAAACAGUAGUCUCGGCAGUAGUGUCGGUAGUGGCGGUGCUGGAAAUGGGCCAUUGAACGCGCAGAACGAUUCCGGAGGAUCCUCCAACACGACAACGCUUUCCUCGACUGCUUCGUCGCGUAUGCGAGCGCCACCACCACCGCCACCGAACAGGAAAGCGCCCGUUUCGAGGCCUGUCUGAAUGGAAGAAUGGAAAUUAUGAGGACGAAGAAGUGCGUCAUGACAGUGAUUUGUUGCCAAUUAGUAGUCUCGAAGGUCUAGGUGUGCGUGCCCAGUAGUAUUCCGCCGCAGUAGGAUCGGAAUGAGAGAUUUCAAACCGCAGAGGAUCCGGGGGCGAGAAUUGCAAAUCUAAUCAGAGUAAAGCAUAACUUUCACGUUGACUAGUUUGUGUGCGUGCGUGCGUAUGUGUGUAGCAGGGUUAGUAAGGCGGAAGUGAUGAAGCGAAGUGGCGUUUAGCGUUUUAGGCGUACGAAGCAUACCAAAACUCACAUUAAAACAUAAAACAUAAGCAAAUGAAGACGUGUGCCGGUGGGAGAAGUCUGUUGUUGCCGCUGUCGCCUACAGGACUGUUUAUGAAGGACGUUAUCGAAAUGGAGAGGGUGCCGGUGGUUGUGUAAGGUAGGGCGGAUGCACCAGGUGAUGGAAAAGGAAGUCACUAGAACCGCGUCUCGUGGAAGGGGAACGGACGGAGAUGAAGGGUAAGGCUCGCAAAGGUCUGUCGCUUGGCGCCAGUGGCAUUUUCGGUGUGUUAAUGAGAGACAGAGAGAGAGAGAGAGAGAGAGAGAGAGAGAGAGAGAGAGAGAGACAGGAAAGGGGCAAAUGAGAGGCAGGAGUUACAGCGACUAAGAAUACAACCGCAUUGCUGUACUCUUCUGUACAUAACUAAUUUGCGACUAAAUAAUGUUCCCAAACUAGCGUUAAACUAUGAUGAUGAAAUAAAGUAAAGAGAUUUAAAACUA